CAUCCGCACCACCGUCACAAUAGUACUUCGGGAAUGGACAGUGAUGCACCUGGACAUCACUCUAAUCAUAGCCUUACGCAUGGAUCUGUGACUAACCACAAUGUUUCGCAUCACCACCAUAUGCAUGCUAGUAAUAAUUUCAAUUCCUCCUCCCACCACAAUCCGCACCAUUUGCAUGCAAAUAGUACUAGUAACACGUAUCCUAGUCAAGGUAACCACAGUGUUGUUUCCUCUCCAAUCCACCAUUCCAAUCAUUCCACGCAUCAUCACAAUGGAACACACCAUGGGCACCACAAUUCCACACACUCCCAACAUUCAAAUCAAACCCUUGAUGGCCACCCCGUUGGCCUAAAUUCCACUCAUUUCAAUGCAACCCAUCCGCAUAGACAUCACCAUAAUGGUACUCUUCAUCAUCAUCACAAUACAACCCAACAUCAUCACAAUUCAACCCACCACCAUCACAACUCCACAAUGCAUCAUCACAAUUCCACAAUGCAUCAUCACAAUUCCACAAUGCACCAUCACAACUCCACCCACUUACACCAUAACUCCACCCAUCCUUCCCAUAACAACACUAAUGGUUAUCUCUAUCCUGACGCAAAUGCACCUCCUGCAAUGUAUAGCUCGAAUUGGGACUCGCCAAACAAUAACCCUGCUCGAUUUGAUAGUAACCAAAACAUACCCCAAAACGUUAACCCCAUGUAUACCAAUUAUGGCCAACAGCAACCUGUGUAUCAUCAACCCAAUUACGGUCAACCCCAAUCGCAUGGUAUGUAUCCCCAACAAACAUACCAUCCAUCAGGCGGAUAUCCACAAGCUCCACCAAGCUAUCCGGGCGGUGCUCCACAAAUGUAUCCAGCACAUGGAGCACCACAAAUGUAUCCAGUUGGUGGACAUCCAGUGAGUACAUUCCCAGUUAACAGUCAACCAGUAUACCAAGGAGCAGCCAUUCAACCUGGAUUCUAUCCAGCUGGUUCAAUGCCGGUUGGUGCAGUCCAAGGAUCAUCAGGACCAGGAUUCGGGUCCGGACUUCUUGCUGGUGCUCUUGGAGGUGCCGUUUUGGGACACGUUCUGACCCCAUCUGGAAACAGUGGUUCCUCGGAUAGUGAAAAGGUGGUCAUCAUUAAUAAUCCUCCAGCGCAAGCAGCACCAGCUGCUCCUGCUGCUGCCGCACCUGCCGCUCCAGCUGCAGCUGCACCUGCUGCCGCCGCUCCAGUUGAUCCAGCUGCCGCCCCCGCCGCCGCUCCUGCGCCAGCAGCUCCAGGCGUUCCAGCCGUAGUACCACCUGUACUUCCUGGAUCUACAGCUCCGAUAGCCCCGGUAGCCCCAGUUGCAGAUGCUGCUGGCAAUGAGACCUCAACCCCAACACCCCUAGCACCAUUCCCUAGCGAGAUGAACAACACAAAUACUCCACCACCAGUUUAUGGUCUCAUGUGCGUUCCAGUUAUGGUCAACGUGACAGAUCCAGCCAACCCGGCCAAUAUAACCAUGGUUGAACAAAUCGCUUGCUACAAUGUAACCCAACCUGCUGCACCCGCACCCCCAGCUCCUCAGCCCGGAGCUCCCGUUCAAGUAGACCAAACUCAGCCACAACCCAAUGUAGCCCCGGCUCCAGUCAAUGCUCCCCCACCUCCAACUCAGAAGACAUCCGAGGCAACUAUUUCGGAGAGCGCUAAACUGAAUAACGGAGCCUUUGGUAUUACUGCGACUUCAGGGGCCACACUACUCUCUACAAUAGUGGCUCUAGUUGCUAGCUAUUGCUUGCAUUAAGGAAAUGUACGUACUAUCAGACGCUUCUCCUGAGAGUAGAAAGUACUCUUUAUCAUUUUUCUCGUACACUAAAAAUUCCGUAUAUGUUUAAGCAGCAAGGGAAACUGUAAAAUAUGUUAACCGUGUGCUUUGAGAGGAGAAGGAAAGCACCAUACGUACCUACACAUUGUUGCCUUUUUAUCUAUUGUUUUUGUAAUUAAGGUCAUUUAUUAUAUGCUCUUAGUUUGUAUGUUUUUAAUAUUAUAUAAAAAGAAAAUCUAAUUGAAAUAUUCUACGAGUAUGUAAUAUUGAAUGUGAUAAUUUUUCAAUUACCUCUGAAGAUGAGAAUCACGAAAAUUUUUCGAAAAAAAAAAACAAAGAUUACAAUUUGUAAACAUACACCACACACACACAUAAUUUAUAAUGUUUGAAUUUUAUGAAUAUUCUCUUUUGAGCAAGCAAAAGAUUAUUUGAGGAAGUUUUUCUGCGACAAAAAUAAGACCAACACAUUUAAGGACACUUUAUGGUCUCGAAGGCUUAUUCCAAAAAAAAACAACCAAAUUUUCGUGUGAAUAUUGUAUUGUGUAUAAGCUGCUAAAAAUUAAAAGAAUAUUCAAACUUCUCAA